AUGUUUCACGAAGGCGAUCUCCAGAGCGGGAUCGGACUUGCUGUCCAGCAGGCAAAAGCUGUUCUCUGCUUUGUGCAUGAUCGAAGCGACACCAGCAGUCAGUGGGAGAGCAUCUUGCAGGACGAUACUUUCUCAUGCGCAAUCUCAACUCAAGCCAUCGCUCUGCGAUUAGAGGCCGGAUCGCAAGAGGCUUCCUUCCUCGAACCCAUUGCUACCAUCCACAAUCCCCCUGCUAUCAUUAUCAUAAAGAACGCCCAGCUGCAAGCCGAUCUCCAGUCUUCACAAGUGUCAAGCGAGGAACUGAGAGCCCGCCUCACCUCUUUCUUUGAUUUCGGCAAGGUCGCAGAUGGCGAAGACGAGCCAGCAGAAGAAGAAACCUCUAGUAACACACCUGCCCUGGACUAUAUUGAUCUACAGCCUGCGCCUGGUCAGAUGAGACUCCCAAGUAAUGCUUAUGAUGCUCUGCGGAACCAUACACAGAAGCUCCUAGAUGAAGGAACUUCCCAUCCGAAGAUAUUCGACAUUCAGUUGUCCCUGCUUGGCAACAUACCGAUCUUCAAAGAUGAAGUCACCCGAUUGCGAACGUCGUCUAACAAGGAACUUUCUGAAUAUGCCCGAUCCCGACUGUUACGACUUCCGGCUGUUGGUCUAAAAAUCAAAGACAAAGGUAAAGCAAAGGAAACUCCUGCUGCACCAUCGUCUUCGUCUGCUUCUCAUCCUGCUACGCAACAGCAGACUUCAGUUUCUUCCAGCUCAACUCAACCUCCUUCAAAUUUACCCGCCACCAAUAGCGUACCAUCACAACCCCAAUCCGACAAGCCAAAGGGCCAGCGAGAUGACUAUAUCAAGAUGCAACGCGAGCGUGAACAGAGGCAACGUGGCGAGAGGGAACGUAUCAAAGCGCAGAUAAAGGCUGAUCGUGAAGAACGUCGACGAUUGGACGAUAUGCGGAAAGGCAUUGUUGAUUCAUCCACGGAUUCUUCGACUAAAGCCUCUGCCAGUGCUCCCUCCAGUACCCAGAACCGGAGAAAAGAAGUCAGAGUCCAAGUCCGGACAUUUGAUGGAAGCACACUACGCUCUACCUUUCAACCUUCUUCAACCCUCUCGGCGGACAUCAGACCUUGGAUCGAAGACGAAUCGGGAAAUAACGCCCCUUACAACCUCAAACUCAUUCUCACACCACUUCCCAAUCGAAAUAUCGAGGCCGCCGAAGAAGAACAGGAACUAUCAGAGCUGGGUAUUAUUGAAUCCUGCACUCUGGUCAUGGUGCCCGUCAAGGGAUACGUGGAGUCAUACACCGGUGCAUCCCCUGGUGGCCUGCUCGGGUCUGCUGUAACCGGUGGCUUCGGUCUUGUCACAGGGACUGCUGGAGCCGUCAUCGGCGGUGUCAAAAGUAUUCUCGGCUUGGGGACAACUCAGACUGAGUCAUCAACUUCAUCUACCGAUGCAGCCGGGCCUGCGGCUCCAGGAGACAAUGGAGAUAAUAAUCAACAGGAAUCUUCAAAGGUACGUGUCAGGACACUUGCUGACCAAAGAGCGGAAAGCGCAGCGAAAAGAAGAGAUCACCAGUUCUAUAAUGGCAAUCAGCUGAAUUUCGAACCGAAGAAGGAUGGGGAUGGCGGCGGUGGUGAUGACGGACUCAAGAGAGAUUAG